UAUCUCCUCCUCUUCUUCUUCUUCUUCAUAACUAUAACUAUGACCGGAAAAAGAAGCCAAAACAGCCCGGUGGGUAGCCCGUUAUCGGGCAACGUGUCCGAUAACUCCUCCAAAGAGCUAGACAAAUUCCUCCCUAUAGCCAAUGUUAGCAGAAUAAUGAAAAAAUCCCUUCCUGCUAAUGCAAAAAUCUCCAAAGAAGCCAAAGAAACUGUCCAAGAAUGUGUUUCUGAGUUCAUUAGCUUCAUCACGGGCGAAGCCUCGGAUAAAUGCCAGAGGGAGAAGAGGAAAACCAUUAAUGGAGACGAUCUUUUGUGGGCUAUGACAACAUUAGGGUUUGAGAAUUAUGUUGGACCCUUAAAGGGUUAUCUCAAUAAGUAUAGAGAAACUGAAGGGGAAAAAAAUAUCAUGGCUAGAAAUGAAGAACCUUGUGAACCAACUAGUUAUAAUAAUAUUAUAACUAGUAGUAAUAGUACUACUAGUUAUAAUAAUAUUAUUGGUGUUCAUGGUCAUGGUCAUGUUACAAAAUUCUCAAAAAGGCCUGAAUUUAUUCAGAGUUUUAAUAAUGACAAUUUUGCACAAAGUUUUGGAGAUUAUGGAAGGGUUAAUGUCUAUGGUGAGAAUCUGACCUCCGCAACUAAUCUUCAUGGGGUUGAAUGGUAGACUAUUUUGGGACUGUUUCUCGAUUUGUAUGUGUCAUCCUUGAGCAAAGUUCCAAUUUUAUCAGGCGUCCCUGAAAGGAUUAAUGAUAGACUUAUUUGGAAAGUUAAUGUUAAAAGGUGUCCUUAUUUCUUAACAUGUUUCAUAUCUUCUUCUUUUUUUAUGUUAUCUUUAUUUUUAUUUUUCAAAUUAACACAUUUUAUUACCUUUA